GUGAGCCCAGGAUGCGAAGAACAGAAGCUGCGGGAGAAGAGCCUGAGUUCGGAGCGAGUUGGAGUGAGUCCGGACCCGAGCUCGGAGUGAACCUUUUUACCUGAACUUGAGAUCUCCCUAGGGAACCUACAACUAUGAUGCUGAAACUUGCGGUCCUGUCCGUGGUCUCGGCCCUGUGCCUGGCUGGUCCUCCAAAUGUACAGGUGUAUACGUACAGACCCAUAAGGGAAGGUGAAAGCAAUGUGCUGUUCUGUCAUGCCAAAGAUUUCAGCCCCCCCAACAUCAAGCUGGAGCUGUUGGAGAAUGAAAAUGUCAUACCCAAUGCCAACCAGUCUGACCUCUCCUUCGAGGCAGAUUGGAGCUUCAAGCUCACUAAAUUUGUUGAAAUCACCCCCAAGAACGGAGUCAAGUAUGUCUGUAGGGUGGAACACAAUGGUGUUUCAAAAGUCAUUCAGCUUGACAGCUACUAGCCUGUCACAGCAGAGGUAAGCACUGUCUUACAAUCGAGCUGCCAUGGUUACUGAGGGGACCUGAUCAGCACAAAAUUCAGUUCAACGCCCUGUGUUUUUCUUCUUUGCCAGUGGACAGUGUGGUGACACUAGUCAAUGAAGCAAUCUCUUCGGGGGAUAAAAUCAGCUUUAUUUCAACCUAUUUUCAAAUGUAAAAUUUUAAAACAAAACAAUAACUUGAUAGCGUAGAUCAGACAUCUACAGUUUGUGUGGUGGGAAGUAAGUUUGCAUUUAAUUCUGUAAUCUCUGUAAUUUACGUCCCAGACUGUGUCUGUUUCUGAGAGAGUUUUAGCUUCUCGCCUGUAUCAGUCGGUGCAAUUGUGAAGUGUUGAUUUGGCUGGUUUGAAAUUGCUACAAGGCUACAAUUUGCAUUACACUGCAAAUUGAAACAAAAACUGGAUGUAAGUGCAAGAAAAAAGCCCAGUCAAAAUCUGAUCUGAAAAAUUCAUUUGUCACCUCAUUACAAAACCCAAUUCUGUUUGAGUGUUAGAGAACUCGAUACCUGAGCAGAAGGAUAUUCAAAGCUCUCUCGGACAAUUGGCUCAAUCACUUGAAGAAUUUAUGUAGAUUUGUUUUUAGAUUCAAAGUUUUUGUUUCCCUUGCUGUGAACAGCAGUUGCACAAAUUAUUCCCUGUUUUAUACUCCACAGAGCAAUAGUCACACCAAGUUCUAUUUUUAAAAAAUUACUUAUGGAAUGUGAGCCAGUGUUGACUCACCAUCCCUAAUUGCUCUUGUGAAGAUGGUGCUGAGCUGUACACCCACAGUGCUGUUAGGGAGGGAGUACCAGGAUUUGGACCCAGUGACAGUGAAUGAACGGCGAUAUAUUUCCAAGUCAGGAUGGUAAGUGUGGUGAUGGUGUUCCCAUCCAUCUGCUGCCCUUGUCCUUCUAGAUAGUCUGUGCUCAUGGCCAGGAGUCUGGACAUUGGGUCCAUUUUGAACACCUUAAGCCAGACCCCACCUGCCUUUUUCCCACCUGGCUUCUCAUUCCACCCUGAUGAUUCAUCCUGGGAAACCCCACAAUCUGUGAGGAAAUCUCAGCAUCACAUAUUUUAAGCAGUUGGAACAUCACUGUUUUAAUACUUGGACUUGGCGUAAUACAGAGAUUAUCACCACCACAUAGAUUAACUUCUAGAAGCAUCUUCUGUAAAUCAUUGGCACCCUGCUAAUUAUUAUGUACUUUUGCAAUUGGGAAUUUGAAUUUGGAGGGUAUAUUGUUGUUGACAAUCUGCUAUGUUCUCUAUGCUUAUUGGUUUGAAUAAAAUGAUUUCUCCUUA